GCGGGGAGGCCCGCGCUGCCGUGCCGUGCCUGCCGGCCGGGAGCUGCAGCUGGGCAGGAAACUGGUGGGGAAAUGCGACUCCUGGAGCCGCUUGUACCGGUGUCCUCAGCUCCUUCGUUACGGCUGUUCCCUGGUUUGGGGCUUCGCGGACGUGGCACAGCGCUCCUGAUCCAGUUCUUGUGUGGUUGGUUGGUGAAAAUAAGCCUACGCUGCAGGAAUGCAAGAGGAGCAACAGCCUGAGGCUGCUGCAGAUCCAAUGUCGUCCUCUGAUGCACCAGAAGAUGGCCCAAAGGAAACGUCAAGUGUAUCGCAGAAUAUCUCUGAUGCAGAUGCGUUUAAAAUUCUCCUGGAGAUGAAGCUGAAGAAGAGGCAGAAAAGACCUGCUUUACCAAGCACUGUGACUGAGCUUGACACUGAGGAUGGUUCUAAAGUAUAUGUGGUUGGAACAGCCCACUUCAGUGACAGCAGCAAAAAGGAUGUAGUAAAGACAAUACAAGAAGUGCAGCCUGAUGUAGUUGUGGUGGAACUAUGUCAGUACAGAGUUUCUAUGUUAAAGAUGGAUGAAAAGACAUUACUAAAAGAAGCCAAAGAAAUAAAUCUGGAGAAACUUCAACAAGCUAUAAAGCAGAACGGAGUUAUGUCUGGAUUGAUGCAAAUGCUGCUUCUGAAGGUUUCUGCUCACAUCACAGAACAGCUGGGAAUGGCCCCAGGAGGAGAAUUCAGGGAGGCUUUCAAAGAGGCUAGUAAAGUACCUUUCUGUAAAUUCCACCUUGGAGACCGACCCAUCCCUGUUACAUUUAAGAGAGCAAUUGCUGCACUUUCCUUCUGGCAAAAAGUCAAGCUUGCUUGGGGCCUUUGCUUCUUAUCUGACCCCAUCAGUAAAGAUGAUGUGGAGAAAUGCAAACAGAAGGAUUUACUGGAACAGAUGAUGGCAGAAAUGAUUGGAGAAUUCCCUGAUCUUCAUCGAACGAUUGUCUCUGAACGAGAUAUUUACUUGACCUACAUGCUGAAGCAAGCAGCAAAGCAGAUAGAGCUACCUCGAGCUUCAGAAAAUGAACCUAGAAAAUACAUCCCAGCUGUUGUAGUUGGUGUUGUUGGCAUGGGUCAUGUACCUGGAAUUGAAAAGAACUGGAAUUCUGACUUAAAGAUCCAGGAAAUAAUGAGUGUGCCUCCUCCAUCAGCUUCAAGUAAGAUUUUCAAAUUUGUUUUAAAAGCAACAGUUUUUGGACUGCUGGGAUAUGGCUGCUAUCGAAUAGGUCACAGGACAGUUCAGUUUGUUCUCUCAAUGCCAGCAACACAGAGCUAUCUUCAGAGGCUGACAGACGUGCCUCAGCAAUGAACAUGGAGUGGAGGCUCUGUGUGAAGAAGGUGGCUGAAGAAAGGGUGAUGGAGGCAACGCGUGAGCUGGACUGAAGGAUGAGGAUUCUAGUCAGAGCUGAUUGAAGCUGAGCAACACUCAAUCACUACAUAAUAAAAUAUUUUAUACACCAGCUAUGAUCUAAUCAAUAGUUUGAAUCUUGAUAGGUGUGUUGCAUGAAACCAGAUGAUUCCAGAUUGAGGUAAAAGAAAUGUGUAUGCAAUUAUAUAUAUAUUAUAUAUGCAUACUAUAUAAUAUAUAUAUAUAUAACUGAUGAUGUAGUACAGGCAGCUUAAAGGGUGUGUGUUCAUGGCUCCUUUUCCAGAGGAAAGAACAACGCAAAGUAACCUAUUGGGCUGCAUCUCCUCUGAAGUUCAGGGACACUUGAGUGAUUCUUUGCUUUUUUUCUUAGGUAUAAUAAUACCAAGUGUUUGUUUCUGGUGCCAGACACUUUUACACAUAAUUUAAAAGGACAUCUUCUCAAUGUGUUUUAUACCUAAAACAUUUAGGCUUUUUUUAAACUUAAGAGCUUUCCAGAAAUUUCAUAAUUGUACAGGCUGUCAUACGUACACGGCUCAAAUUUUUUACAAGCCUUACUGAAGAACAGGAAUGUUGCCUUUAGAUUGCAUCCCUUGUUACUACCACCAGUUGAAUUUGUCUUUCUCCUGCAUAGAGAAGACAUAGCCACCCCAUCAGAAUGCAAUGUGGUUUGUGUCAGAUGUUUACAGGACGGUCUGUUCCUUUAGAUUAGCUUAUUUAAAAACUGUAUUAUUUAGCCAAAUCCUGCUGGUUUCAGUAUUGUAAAUUUAAGAGACUAGAACUACUGUACAACUUUUGUUUCUCAGAUCUUUCAUAUUUGGCAUAAAAAGCCUGGAAUUAACCUGCCCCUUGUUUUUGCUACAUGAAAAUAUUUUAUUUAUCAAUGUAAUUUCUCGGUGGAUGGUAUAUUUUAAUUUAAUAGGAAAGCAGUGUUCAAUUUAGUUUUUCAACCAACUGUAGCAUUUUAUUUGGAUUACCUGCUUACUAUUUAUACAUAGAAUUAUGGGUACUACAGACUGCUGUUACUUGCUUUUUUAAUUAUCUGGAACACUCAUCCAUCAUCAAUUUGUUUCUUUUUAAAUCCUAGGUUCAUAUUUCACUGGAAUUUUUUGGUACCUUCCCUUUUUACAGGAUUGUCAGUGAUUGUAAAAUGCCCUUGGCAAUCAGCUAGUCCUAGGUCAACAACACAGAUAACAUUGUCAUAUCAAAGUUAACCUGAUGUAUUUGAAUGGAAGAGUCCCAUUUGCUCCUCAGGGUCGCAUACAGUUGCUCAUUGCUUAAAGUAAGAUUUUUAUUUGUGUUAAUUUCUUUUGGGAACCAGUAUGUGAGGCAGGAGGAGGAAAAGGGAUGUGUUUUGUGUUUCUCUGUGUUUUUUCAGUUGGUUCAAUAAAAUCCAGAAACCACUUUUAAUAGGGUAUAUUUCCAAAGGGUUGUGUUGGAAAUGGUUCCAUACAGUCUUUUGUUUGCUGAAAGUAUGUACAUCUAUCUUCUGUACAGUGUAGUCUUUUUUGAUCUUUUAAAAUUAAGGGUCUGAUGCUCCUCUCUAUGAUGGCAUUAACUUUGCUGGGAGCUGGUCUGUCCGUGCAACCUGAUGCUUUUCUGCCUUGCUCUUUGGAAAUUUUAUUUUCCAGUUCAGUUCCAGUGCAGCAAAUUAAUAAAGUGCAUGUUUAUCUUUAAUCUUACUGAAUCUAACCCAAUUCUGCAGAGCUCUUAAGAUGAUGCUAGGUGCUUUUCUGUGUCUGGACCUUACAGGUGUCCAGGGAAUAAACCUUAGCAAAUGAGAAUGACAGCAAUUCAUGCUCCUAGGACACAAAGCAUAAAUGAUAAUACAGAAAACAGUGGGGUGGGUCCUGUUAUUUUCUAUUUAUUAGUGCUUAAGAAACCACCAGCCAUCUCUAGCAAGAGGAAAAGCAGCAUUUGUAAACUAUUUAUAGAAGAGUAGAGUGACUGCCUAAAUUUUGAUUCCCAUUUUUUUUAAAAAAAAUUAAUGUACUGUUUACAAUUAAGCAGUCCUGUUUGAAUAAUUCUAUUACAUUUUAUGUACAUUUUAAAAAGAUGAGAGCAAAAGCUUAAGCUCACUCUUCUCCUGGCUUUACUGAUGUACCAAAAUGAUAUUCUGUUGGUUAUUUUCUUGAAAAUAUUUAGCUGCUAGAAUUAAAUAUAUGGAUUUUUUGCUUUAAGUUAUCUACAGAUUUUUAAAGUAUCUGCAGGUAUUUCAAAAGCUCUGUAGAUCUUUGAUAUCUGUGCUCAGGUAAUUUUACACAAAGGAAAACAAAUCUAAGGUAAAUUUUAGAUAGGAGCCUUAAUCUUGGUUGGGACUAAUGCUAAAUGAUUGUCAUGGAGCAUUCUUGCAGACUUGAUGUUUUAUACUUUUUAGCCAAAAGUGAUUAACAUCUAAGGUGUCCAUUCAUUAUUCAGUUAUUCUCUGUCAGUACCUUAAGUCUAUUGUUUCAAUUUUUUUUUUUUUUUACAAAGCAUAUCAGCAGAUUCUUCAGGGGACCUCUUUGUGGAUGAAGAAUUUGCGGUUUAUCUUCCCACUGUUGCAAAUUGGCAGAUCAUAUGCAUGCAUUGUUUAUUCAGUAGCACUGGAAAAUGAUGAAUUUGCAGAACUAACAAUUCUAUGAAUCCAUACACAGAUUCUUGAUGUUGUAUAUUCAAUGUGUUGUACUGUUUAUAUAACAUAAAUCCGUGUUUUAGGUCCAUUCUUUUCUGUUCUAGUCAGUCCUUUCAGUGUUAACAGCAUCCUGUAAAAUUUAAGUGUAUGUUGAAUUGUCCCAGCCCCACCUCAACCUUAUGAAGCCAUAUUGUAUUUUUUUGGUGACAUGUACAUCUGUUUUAUGCAUUUGUACAUGUGAUGUAAAUUUGAAGUAUUUCUAACAAUGUGUGCCUUUAAAGUGAUUUAAAGUAAACAGCAGUAUGUUCUAAUUAUAUACAAAAUAAAAUAUUUUAACCAUC